GGCAAGAGGCAAGAACCCUAAAAAUUUUCCUUGUAUAUUUUCCAUGACGCUGAAUAACGAUGUUGUUAAUUUGGAAUCGGCUAUGGUGAAUCCACCAUCCUCAAUUAGUGACGACGACGACGAUCCUCCGAAUAUCUCCCCCCCUGCUGUGCGAGUUUUCAACCUCAACCUCUGCUAUAAUAAACCUGACCCCAAAGUCUACGUGGACGAGGCUUGGAUACUUCUAAAGCCAGCUCUCACAAGCAUCUUACAUGAAGAAGACGACCUAGACCGUUUCAGCUUCGCUACGAUUAACCAUGCUGCUGCUAGGACAUGGUGGAAUGAGUCAUCAGGAGAAGCCUUUUCCAACCUGAUUCUAGAGGUCUGUGGGAUAUAUAUUUCCACAACCCUGCAGUCUUUGGCAGUGCAUUGCAAUGAUGAUGAUGAUGAUCCCUCUCGUCUCUUGCUUCUCUUGGAGAAAUCUUGGCUGGAUUUUCCUAAGAAAUUAGAGCAUAUCUGUAGCAUUGUUGGAGUUGGUGGAAAAAAAUUGUGGGGUUUGGGUCUUAAGCUUUUACCCACAAAGCUCUUCUUGGUCCCUCAAAUUUGUGACAAGGUUCGAACCAUCAUUCUGCAUCUCAUUACAGAUCAAAGAUUAGGCAAGCCUGUUAACAUGAGUCAGCUAAAGAAUCUUAUGGAUAUGUUUAGUGGGGAUCCUUUCCGCAAAUUGCGCUUCUUGGAGAAGCCUUUUCUUGACUCCACUGCUGAGUUUUACGCCGCAGAAGCAAAACAAGUCCUGGAACAGUCUUCUGACCUUUCCUUGUAUUUGAAACAUGUCAAUUGAAGGGUUGGUGAGGAGAAGAAAAAAUGCAGAAGCCUCUCCCUUUUCUUUAUAUUCCAGGAUGAGCUGCUUGAAGUUGUCUACAGGGAACUCCUGGGGGUUCAUGCGUGUGCCAUUCUUGAAAAGGGUUUUGAGAAGCUAAUGGAUGAUAGACACAUUGAGGCCCUUCGUAUCAUGUAUGAUCUCUUCUCCCAGGCGGAUUUAGUGGGUCAUAUCAACGAUGCCCUGAGCUCCUACAUUUGUCAAACUGGAGAGAAGAUUCUAAAAGAAGAAGGCUCGUCUCUGGCUGAGUUCAAGGCUCACGUUGAUAAGAUAUGUUGUACUUACUUUUCCGGAGAUCCUUUGUUGGAGAAGACUGCCCAAACGUGUUUUGAAGGUCUUGGAAUGUCUGCCUCUCCUGGCCCUUCUCCUUUCCUGGAUCCAUCCGACGAGGAGAUGUUUGAACUAGGAAGCUCAGGGCCUCUUCCUACGAGUCAUUGGUAUUUUUAACAAGGGUUUUUUUAUUAUGUCUCACUUUUUACUAGUCCCAUUAAAUUGCUACGAUUGAAUUUAGGCCAUGCUGCUUCUGGAUGUUUCUUUUUUAUUAUUAUUAUCAUUAUGAAUUGUUCACCUCAUAGCUCUGAGAGCACUUCUUUUUGUGUGUGUGAAAGUUUAGAUGUAUUUGGUCGUAUUAUUUUGAGUUAUAUACACGCAAUGUUUGGGAAGAUACUAGGUGUGGUUUGAGCCGUAGAGAGUGGUAUGAACAGAACGCCAUUACCCUAGAGAGUAGUAUGAACAAAGUAAUGAGAAAAUACCUUUAAACAACGUGGACUAAGAAGCAGCUGGUUUAAUCCGGUUUGU